AACAGCACUGCAGAUAGGGCACCAGCAAAGCAAGCACUGUCAAACGUUACUGUUGUUAGUUGACCGGCUCCAAAAUUUCGGUUUCUAUCGCCCAGAAUAAUCGGUUUUAUCUCUAUAAAAUAAACUGUUGGGGACACUUCGGGGGCUGCAAGAUGGGGGACAACAACCUCCUGGCGGCGUACAAGCUUAUUAACUCGCAGUUGGUACUAAGCAACCAGAAACUGAAGGAAGAAAUCAAGGAAAAGGUGGAGAUGAUUAACGGUUUAAAUGCGGAACUGAUGCAGUACAGGAUUGAAAACAAAACUCUCCGGGACAUGGUCCAGAAGCUGUUGGAGCAGUUCAAAAUGGUUACGAAGAUAAUGGGAUCGGUUCGGGAUCAGAGCGAGUCGGUGUUCAACACGGUUUUCAACGAGCACGCCAAAAAGGAACACGAACAACAGACGCGCGGACUGGUGGCCGAAAUAUUCUACGAAAAGCGCCGGGCGGAACGGCAACCGUAUGUGGACGAAGCGGCAAUCGAGGAAGCGGAGGACGAAAACCACUCGAUGGAGGAUUACGAAAUUUCGGCCCGGGAAGGCGAGGAAACGGCCGAGGAGCUUGGCGAGGAAGAGGAAGAAAUAGAGGACGCAAAUUCGACUCCAUCCAAAAGUCCGUUGGUCAAACGGUUGGGAAAGAAAUCCCGGAAUCGUAGCUUCGAUGAAUCAUUCGAAACCAUCGAUACCAAUCGGGUGGUCAAAGCGAUGCGCAAAAGCCAAGAAUACAUCCAGCGGAGAGAUUCACGGGAUGGGAGGCAGCCAAGCGACGAAGAAAGUCUGCAGGAGAAAAGCGAAAAGAAAGAGGAGACAGAUACGUCUAAUGUGACCCUGACGGCACCGGUUAUAACUAUUGAUGCCACGAGCGCCACGAUUGAUACGAAAGGACAAAUAACCAUACGGAACAGCACACAACUGGAGGUCAGUAGUUUCUCUAGCAACUCGGGCGUUAGUGACCAGAGCACCCAAAGUGAUUUGAAUCCAACUACGGACCAGAGCUUACGCCCCGUUUCUAUCAAGCGUAUGGCCAGCGAUUCCAUGCUAACGACCCUCAUCGAGCGCGAAGCCAACAAAGAGAACAGCUUUGUCAAUAACGAUACGAUUUCCAACGCUGCCUCGUCCACACCUGUGGUGAAGAAGAGAGGUCGUCCGCAAAAGCCCAAACCGUCCUACCCGCACGGAAUUGCCGGAUUAUCACCCGUGCCGUUUGUGUCGCUGAAGCCAUUGACCAAACAGAAUCUCAGCCUGCACGACAUAUCCAUCGAUGCGUUCGCCAAUGACAACGAUCUCAAGAAACCGAAAAUCGAAGAUAAUUGUAGCGAUCACAAUAGUAUAGAAUCCAACGAAUCUGGGAGACCCCGACGAAAGGCAGCUCCCAAAACGUUGAAGGAACCGAAAAUUAACGUAAAACAGCGACGGACAUAGUGUACUUUUAUCCUGUUGAUGUAAUUUAAGGACUUUCUGCACCAGUGUUGUCUACAUCAGUCAUUGCUAUUGAUUUGUACACCCUUUAAUGUAGAUUGCAAGUAACAAUAUAGACUUAGUGUUUCAA